CGGAGGUCGUUUUUUUCCAGGCAUUUUCGUUACAGCCAAGGCACGUGCUGUUAUUUAGCAGAGGCAGUUGCUGUGUCGGUAGGACAUAGGAGAAGCUGGCGUCCUUUCCAGCCUGGUAGCGGUGGAAGCUUGGGUUUGUGAAGAGCCUGCUUAGGUGAUGGCCGCCAUUCCUGCUGCAGAAAGCGUACUCAUGGGUCUGAAAUCUGAAGAAGGACUUGCUGUUGCUUUUGUUUCUGCUCGCACGAUUUUGAACGAUGUGGUUAAGGCUUUGGAGGGCUCCAUGCCUUCCUAUUCGUUUAGCAGCGUUGAUGGCCUUUAUGUGGCGAUUGGUUUUUUGGUUGUCCUCUUAAGAGAUGAGAUAUAUGAUUUUACUCUUCUUGAGGCAAUCGGAGAUGCAGCGCCGACGAAGGACAAAGCAGAGGAGGCCGCAGCGAAAGCACUCAUUUCUGCAGCAAAGCGCGAGUUCGGUGUUGUGGUGAGUGAUUUCAGCUUCAAAGAGGAAGAAGCUCUCCGGAAGGAGAACGAAAUCCUUCGCAAGAACAACCUGAUGCUUAGAUCUGGUUGGGUUCAGUCAGUUGAUCAUCUGGAGAUGCUUCAGAAAACCUUGGAAUCCAUCACGGUGGACGUUCUUGGCAGCUGCCCAAGGAUUUCCAUUGGUCAACUCACUCAUAAGGCUGCUGUCUGGGCUGAGGAGAAUGUUUCGGGUGCUACAACUGCGGUGCAAGAGAUGGCCUGCGAGUCCAUGGCUGAGAACUGAUGAGCUUGCUGCAGUUUGGUUACAUUGCCUGUAGUUUGUGUAGUUGUUUGCUUGUUAGAAACACAAGCUGCAACAAUGUUUUUGUGCCUGAAAACGGCUUGUUGAAUUGAUCAGAAUUUGUACAGAAUGUUUCUGCUACUACUAUGUAAGAGUAUAUGUAUGUGUAUGUAUGUGUUUGCCUAUAAC